UUAUUCUAUACACGUGGCAAAUGUAUAAUAUAUUAGUCAUUAUUUUAACAAAAAAAUCACUAUCACGUGGUUCUUAUUUAUUUAGCACAAUCACAAAUUCAAAUCAACCGCGUAAUAUUUCCCUUAUUCACUAAUCCCUUGUCCACGUGCGACUCUUCUCCCCCCUUUGACCAACACACGCUUCUUUUUUAUGUGUUGACUUAUCCCACCUCAAAACACACACAUAUAUAUAACCACCUCAUUUGCAUCACUCUCUUCAUCCAACUUAAAAUCCGUUACACUCUCAAUUCUCAACUCGAUCAUUUCAAAAUGGUCAAGAAAUCGCCGGAGUACCAGCCAAACGACAACAGUAGCAACGUUAACUCGAUUAAAUAUAAGGGUGUACGCAAGAGGAAGUGGGGUAAAUGGGUGUCCGAAAUCCGUCUCCCUAACAGUAGGGAGAGGAUUUGGCUAGGUUCGUAUGACACGGCUGAGAAGGCAGCACGUGCAUUUGACGCGGCACAAUUUUGUUUACGUGGCAAAUCCGCUAACUUUAAUUUUCCCGAUAAUCCACCUGAAAUUGUUGGAGGACGAUCAAUGACUCCGUCUGAGAUCCAAGUUGCGGCCUCUAGGUUCGCUAAUAACUCGACAAAUGAGGAUGAUCGAGGCCGAUUAGAGGAGAAUCCUAUGGUGGAGGAGUCGGGUGAGGCGUUGUCAUACUCACCAUCUAUGUCGGAUGGAACAACAGCAACAACUCAAAUAGAUGGUUAUACAUAUACUAGUAGUAGUUUUGAGGUUGCAGGGGUAGAGGCGUCAUUUCAAGAUCAAUUAAGUUUGAGUAAUGCACUCGGGUCGGGUAAUUACGUGUCGGAUUUCGGGUAUUUAACCGGGUUUGAUGAUUUUACAGGGGGUGAUUAUUUUGCAACACAACAUGAGUCCAAUAAUAAUUUUGAUUACGCUGGUCAAGUGGCCGAGGAAACUUAUGAUGCUUCACUUUACCAAGACUCUUACCUUUGGAACUUCUAGUUGAUUGAACAUACGACUAGUAAAUUACGGAGUAUCCAGUAGUAAAUUACGGAGUAAAGAUGUGGGAAUUUGGAAUCAUUUUUUUUCAACUUUCAAAUUCUGAUAAUCAGUCCAUAAUUAUUAGAUUAAUUACUUGGACAAAUAAGUAACUUUUUAGGACACAAAUUGUAAUACAAGUAAGAGAUUUUUUAGCAUUUUUGUUGACCUUCUCAGUCUUUUUUUUUU